GAUAGUUUAUGUUAUAUAAUUGAAUCAAUGAACAUGAACAUUAUCUAACACAAUCAUUGAAUUAAAUAUUGAUAAUUGAAAAACAAAAACUAAAUUAGGAUUAAAUCAAGAAUUAGAUGAUUAGAUGUGACGUAUACUUCAAUACCCCACUUGCCCAAUAGGAUUAAGAUCAACUAUCCCAUUCCCCCCUAACCUUUCAUCAACUUAUACCAAUCACUUUUCCUUUGUAGAAUCCACCAACACCAACAGAAAACUAAAUCCACCAACAGAAAAACCAAUCAAAACCAAGGAUUUAUAAUUUCAAAACACCCACCAUUUUCCACUUCCUAAUCCAACAAAAACAAUCACAAAAUACCCAAAUUUUGCAAUGAAACAAUAACCCAAUUUCCUUUAUCAAUCAACCAAUCAAAAAAACCAAUUAAAGUUUAAAUCUUUAAUGGAUUCAUCACUCAAAAGCCCUAAAGUUUUGAUCUUUCAUCUUUGUCAUAGAUUAAGUAACACCCAAAACAAGAUCCAAUUCCAAAAAACUCCAUGGUUGUUUCUUAUUGCUAUUCUACUUUCCCUCUCUUCACUUUACUUGUUGACUUCAAACUCAAUUGAUUUCAUUUGGGUUUUUGCUUUUUUAGCUGCUCUUGUUAUAUCACUCACUCUAGCUCUUCCUCACCUUCCUCAACCUAGAUUCUUUACUACCAAAUCUCACCCAUUUAAGGUUUCUGCAAUUAAUCCAACCUUAAACUAUACUCCUCCUGUUGUUUGGACAAUUGGGUCAAAUCCUAAAUUGGAUAAAAGUUUGGAUUCAGGGUUUAGAGUCAAGGGUUUUAGUAAUGGGGAUUUUUAUGAAGGGGAAUUUCAUAAGGGGAAGUGUUCAGGAAAUGGGGUUUAUCACUACUAUAUGUGUGGAAAGUAUGAAGGUGAUUGGAUUGAUGGGAAAUAUGAUGGGUAUGGAGUGGAAACUUGGGCAAAAGGAAGUAGAUAUAGGGGACAAUAUAGGCAAGGAUUGAGGCAUGGUAUUGGGAUUUAUAGGUUUUAUACUGGUGAUGUUUAUCAAGGAGAGUGGUCUAAUGGACAAUCUCAUGGUUGUGGAGUUUAUGCUUCUGAGGAUGGUAGCAAAUAUGUUGGAGAGUUUAAGUGGGGUGUUAAGCAUGGAUUUGGUGUCUACCAAUAUAGAAAUGGAGAUGUAUAUGCUGGUGAAUACUUUGCUGACAAGAUGCAUGGGUUCGGAGUUUACAAAUUCGGCAAUGGACACCAAUACGAGGGGUCCUGGCACGAGGGUAGAAGGCAAGGGAUGGGUGCUUACACUUUCAGAAACGGGGAUCCUCAAUCGGGUUACUGGCAAAAUGGGUUCCUCGUUAAAGCAAGCUAUCAAACUCAAUCACCUGAACUCGAAUCUCACUUUUCUGCUUAUUCGUGCAAAGUUUCUACUGCUAUUCAGAAAGCAAGGGCAGCAUCUGAGAAAGCAUAUAAUGUGAAAACAGUAGACGACAGAGUGAACAAAACCGUAGCAGCUGCUAACCGAGCAGCUAAUGCAGCACGAGUGGCAGCUGUAAAGGCUGUUCAAACGAGGAUGCACGAAGGAAUCAACAGUCGAGUUCUGUUACGAAAUUUCUGAGAACACCCCCCUCAAAAAAUGACAGACCGAUACUGAAAAAUGCUGUUCAAACGAGGAUGCAUGAAGGAACCGAGUACUUUGUCUUCCCAACCGGAAGAAUGCAACUGCAAACAAAAACCCUACAUGUAACGAGAAUCGUUACAACGCAUAUGUAGAUCAUUGAAGAGAUCAAAUCUCAAGCUUUAUAGCUCAUAAACCAAGAUGUACAUAGUUGAAUAGGCGGUAUUCUGGCAGUGGUGCCGAAGGUGCUGGCUGCUGAAUUCUAGCAUGACGUUUUUGGGGUAAUCUCCGUGGAUGUAAUAUUGAUGUAAUCCAAAACAGCAGCUAUAUCUUAUUUAUCCGUAUAGCUCGAUUCAUCAUGUACAAUCACUCUAGUUAAUCAAUCGAAUUUCCGAAAUUUCACA